ACCUAAAAUCUCGAAACACCGGUGUGGUAGGCUAUGUGUGUGUUAGUGGUACGCACUGCAGCUCUCCAGACUCACGGGCACUGUGCUUGGCAGUGAUCUGUUCGGUUUCAAAUACGGCAUGUUGUUUGAGUCCUGCUGUGAGCUCGCGGAACCUGCGCUGAUCAUAUGAACUCGAGAGCGGAGAAACAGCGGAUCAACGGAUGGUCGUCUGAGGCAACAAUCACCCGAGCCAAACCAGUGUUCAGCCUCUGCAGUGAGGUGCAUUUGGUUGAUGAAGGCGACUCAUCAUAGUGAUGUAUAAUGGCUCCUGCGCUGAGUGCUAUGUUGGGGUCAGAGGUCGCGGGGGCAGCGGUGCUGGCUAAAGGGGAGCUGGCACUUGUAGGCACGCUCACAGCACUCACGACUUUCCUGCUGCUUUCUGUCCUGCUGUUGCUGUGUGCAAGCUGCCAGGGGAAGAAAAAAGUGGGGCCGCCGGGAGACCAUGAAAACCUGAUGAAUGGGGUGUCAGAAAAAGAAGUAUGCAGCCAGUCAGUAGAGAGCCAUGGUACUGACUUGGCGGUCAGCAGCUCUCAUAAUGGGCCUCUUACCAGUGGUACAGUACUAACAGACACAAUAGACACAAGUCCCCAGCCUUCAGAAGACAUGCUGUCCAGCCAGUCAGAAAUCAGGUCCUCUAAGUAUCACCAGGACCGUGAAUUACCCAGCAUUCCACACACCGAUACCCUCAAAGCAGCUAUCGAUGCUCAAGCUCCCUCAGGAGAAGGCACGUAUGAGGUGGUGAAGGACAGCGCCUCCCGUGAUGUCAGUGUUGAGGACUGUCUGUACGAGACGGUGAAAGAACUCAAGGACACUGGCCUCCCCAACGGUACACUAAGCCCAGAGGAAUCACCUGCACCUCCUCUUAACUGCCACCCAAGCCCCGCUACACCAGAUUACACCAUGCUGCCCAAUGGUGUGGAGUAUGCCUCUGUCAACCUUAGCAAGAAGAGCCGCUACAGCGCUGACAUGGAGGCCAGGCACUCAGCCACCAUUGUGAAUUACGAAGAGCCCGAGGACGAAAAACCACCUCCUGUACCAGACAAGGUACUGGAUGAGAAUGACAACCAGCAGAUUCUGAACGGACAGUUACACUCCCCGCUGAUGACUGCAGCGCCUCUGGACAAUGUGUCUCCGGACAGUGAGUUAUCAGACGUGUACUCCAAGGUAGUGAAGAAUACGAUAAAGGAAACUGAGAAUGACUACAGCAGCAUUGGGGAGAUCAAGGGAAUGGUGGCGGAGUCGACUUCCAGUGAUCUUUACGCCACAGUUGGGGAAGAAAGCCCAAUGGCUCUUGGCUCCCAGCCUCCAGAGGGGCUUACAGAGAAUGCAGACCCUGGGUACGAGACCAUCAAGACCUCCAAAGCAUCUGAAGAAGCUCAUCAGGGCAAUGGGAUAGUGGAACCUGACUAUGAGAGUGUGGGGGAACUGUGUCUCAACGUGGAGAUCUCCCGUCUCUGAUUACUCAACUAAGGGACUGUGGAUACUGAGAAAUCACUUCUCUGAGGUUUAGAAGUGGAAGUUGGGGUGGUAUCAUGAGUAUAAUGCACUUAGCCUUUCCUGAUUGAAUGUUUUUGAGCAUAGCAUUUAUGCACCCGCAUUGUUUUUGAAUAUUAUAAAUUAAAGGGUUCAUUCAGACCUGUGACCCAGCACAGGAAAUGAAACACUCUAUAGUCUCUCAGAAAAGGGCAACUAUUCUGUCCUAGCAUUUGUUAUUUUUAAUGUUUUGCUGGGCUGUCGAUGUGUGCAACGAUAGCAGUUCAUCUCCAAUACACAAACCUGCUCGAAUCGCUUUCCACGGCUUGUUCUUAUUCUAGUGUAAUCACAAAACAAAAUGCUAACAAAAGUGUCCCACUACUGAUAUCCACUUAUAUACAGCUGUAAUUAUGGUUUAUUAAAAAUAAGGAGUUACAUUAGGACGAAUUAGAACCCAAACACCUCAUACACAAAGGAAUACUUUUUGCUAGACCAAAGAUUAAACAUUUACAUAUGUAUGAAUAUUAAGCCAGAAUAACAGCAGUAUUGUGAGAAUGUAACAGUACAAAUGUGACUGAAAUGAGUUAAGACAUUUAUAAUGCGAAUGUUAUUUCAGACUACUUAUCAGAAUAGUAAAUGAUCAUGUUUAAUUAUCUUUGCAUAUCCUAAUUAAUAUUACAUGAGCUAAGCCUUCACCAUUUUGUGACAUAACAAGCAGCACAUCUGUGUAACCCCCUUCCCACGUCUCCACCAUUUUUCAAAACAAAGUGACACCAAUGACUGUGCUCUUACUAGAAAUAUUUUAUUCAUAAUGUGUACUAGUAGCUUCCAUGCUUUUGCAUGCUGCACCUGCUGUGAGCUCCAUUCUGCCUGUUUUCAUGUGAUACUAGUUGAGCAACUGACAGAGUUGUGUCCUUAUAUAACCCCCAGGAGAGAACCAAUCAGAACCUGUUAACAGCAGACAUCUCAUCUCAGUCCAUUAAAGAAAUACACUCAUUCUAAUCAUUCGGAACUGCUGGAGCAUUUACUUUCACAAGUAGUUAGCAAACGAUGUUCACAUAACGCACAUCAAAAUAUAAAAGACGAACAUUUAAAUGUUGCCAUCAUUCUGAGAUGUUUAACUUGUUUAUAAU